UUUUGAAAUAUGUGACGUAGCUUCGGUAUAUUUCUGAGGGCCCGGGGUUAUAACGAAAGAAGCACAAAAACAUGUUGUUUAUUAAUCAUUAUUCAACCAUAAUGGCAUUUCUGGCGUUGGCGGUGGCAUCCACAUCAGGCGAUAAGGCUACACCUCCGCCCUGUAAGGCCUGUACUUUGCUGGCAACAUCUUUCAAAGCUGGCCUGGAACGCACCAAGCGGGGGCAUGGUGGUGGAGAUACGGCUUGGGAGGAGGAAAAACUACGUUCCUAUAAAAACAGUGAAGUCCGCCUCGUGGAGAUCCAAGAGAGACUGUGCUCAGAGGCAGAAGUGGUCAACAAAGACCAUUGCCACAACCUCGCCAACGAACACGAAGCGGCAAUUGAAGACUGGUUCACCCACAAGCAAGCCGAGAGUCCGGACCUUCAGUCCUGGCUGUGUAUUGAACAGUUGAGCGUGUGCUGCCCGCCGAACACCUAUGGGCCAAACUGUUUGCCUUGUAGCGAAUGCAGCGGGAACGGCAAGUGCAAAGGAGCCGGAACGCGAAAGGGAAACGGAAAGUGUUUAUGUGACGCUGGCUACGCGGGAUCUAAUUGCAAAGAGUGUGCCCUUCAGUACUAUGAAUCAUUCCGCGAUGAAAAGAAGCUCUUGUGCACACAGUGCAGUGCUGCGUGUGGCGAUGGCGGUUGCACUGGGGCUGGUCCGAAGAGCUGUCGCAAGUGCAAGGAUGGCUGGCACAUGGAUUCGGAAACCGGAUGCGUCGAUAUCAAUGAAUGCCUGGAUCAGCAGCGUCCAACCGCUUGCCGUCCGCAGCAGUUCUGUGUGAACAACGAAGGAUCAUUUUCUUGUCUCGAGUGUGAUCGGUCAUGUAAUGGUUGUGAUGGCGAUGGUCCAGACAUGUGCAAGCAGUGUGCGGAUGGCUUUGUACUCAAAGAUGGCAAAUGUCAAGACCAAUCCGCAGAGGAACGCGACUCGUAUGUGAACUUCACGCGGUUACUCACUUACUUCGGCAUGUGCGUGGCCACUUGUGUUAUCUUUCAAAGCUCCACACAUAUUGGCUGGGGCUGCUUUGUUGGUGCGGCUGUUGCCGUAUAUAUUGCUGCUUCUGAGUACUGGCUAAAUUCGCCACAAGCAGGCCAUAAGCCCGAGAUCGACACAAAGCAGUUGGAGGAACUGAUUAUGAAGUCAUUAUAAGCAGAACUUAGCCAUCAUAGUGUCCAAGUGGGACAUAGUGUUUAUUCUGUGAAUAAUUCGCGCCCAAGUCAUUGUAAAGAUCAGCAGUAUUCCUGAUUAAACAGAAUAUGCUUAAAUAUCCUUAACGAUUUUCUAUAUUGUUUUGUUUGCAGUCAUCAGCGACUCGGAAACUGCGCUCAAUGAGGAGCCAGCGCACAAAGAACUGUAGAUGGCACUGUAACGCACAGACAUGCACACAUUUUGUAGACAAUUUUAGUUUUAAUAGGUCAUAAUAGUAUCAAUUAGCAAUGAAUUAAUAUGACUUUUGCCAAAGAGAUUUGAGAAAUGUUUUCUGGUUUUUCCACUCAAAACUUCAAACACUUGUCACCAAGCUCAAGUUCAUUCCUUGUUAUUCGUAUCACAUUUACAUCUUUAAUUAUUUGGUUUUCAAACAUUUACAAAAUCACAAAUACAACUAUAA